AUGAAGGAGGUACUCUCAAAGAAGAGAAGACUUGGUGAAUUCAAAAUUGCUACACCCACUGAAGGGUUUAGUUCUAUGGUUGCAAGUAUAUUGCCACCAAAAUUAAAAGACCCAGGGAGUUUUAUUAUGCCUUGUGUUAUCAGUGAUCGAUUUGUAGGUAGAACAUUGUGUGAUUUAGGUUCCAGCAUUAAUCUAAUGCCUCUAUAUAUUUUUAAGAAACUUGGCAUUGGUGAGGCCCAAUGUACUGCCGUGACACUUGAACUUGCUGAUAGAUCCAUUGUUCACUCUGAUGGCAUAACAGAAAACAUAGCAAUAAUCGAUGUUGGAAAGGGAGAACUUAUAAUGCAUCAUAAUGAUGAACACAUUACAUUCAAUGCUUUAAAUCAUGUUAUGAAUGAUGAUAAUUCUAAAUGCCAGCCUACUAACAUCGUCGAUGAAAUUGUACAGGAACAUAGGGAUGAAUUUUGCAUCAUUAAGAUUUAUACUUCUGAUGUCGCAGCAAUAAAAGAAUUAGAUAGGCUAUAUCAUAAAGAAACCGAUACAAAUGAGGGGAACCAAAGCUUCAACAUUGAUCAUGGCAUCAAUAAUAGUUCUACACUACUAAUGCCAACUACAGAGCUAUAA